UCCGAGGCCUUCUGACCCCGUGACAGGCCUUUUCCCCUCUGUCCAGGGACCUCUGAGCAGAGCAGCUGGAGUGAGUGGCAGGUGCUGCAGCCGGAGGGCCCCAUACUGGUGGCUGAAGGKGACACCCUCCUACUGAGGUGUACAGCGGUCGGCUCCUGCGCUGAUGAUAUGAUCAAAUGGGUCAAAGAGAGCUCUCAGGACCAGCAGGAAAUUUAUAACUUCCAGCGUGGCUUCUUCCCUGGAGUGACAUCCGCGGUGCAGCGGACCCGGGAGCGCCUCGACUGCGAUUAUUCCAUCUACAUCCACCGUGUCACCAAGGAGCAUUCUGGAACCUACCACUGUGUGAGGUUUGCAGUCUCCCGUGAGGACCUAGACACGAAGCUGGGCGAGGGCACCGCUGUGACCGUGCAGGGCGCCGGGGACCCCAAGCCAGACCUGUGGAUCAUCCAGCCCCAGGACUUGGUGGAGGUGACCACCGGAGACACUGCCCUCCUGAACUGCACGGUGCUGGGGGACGGUCCCCCUGGCCCCAUCAGGUGGUUCCRGGGGACUGGUCUGAGCCGAGAGGCCAUUUACAACUUUGCAGGCCUCUCCCACCCCAAUGUGACAGCAGUACGGGCCUCUGACAGCGACUUCAGCAUUCUCCUGCCAGACGUCUCGACCAAGGAUGCAGGCACCUACUACUGUGUAAAGUUUCAGAGGAAAUCCAACAGACAGUACCUGUCCGGACAGGGCAGCAAGCUGAGAGUGAAAGCAAAAUCCACGUCGCCCACAGAGAUCAAUGAACCUGCAGUUCAGGCAUCUCCAACAGGCCUCCUGUCUGUGCUCACUCCUGUGGUCCUGGGACUGAAGGCAGUGACCUUGGCUGCACUCCUACUGGCCCUGGCUGCCUGCCGGCCAAGAAGAUUUUAAGACCCUGGGCCUUGCGGAGCUGGACACAGCUUAGCGUGGGGAAAGCUCAUGAGUGACAGGUCAGCCCAAGAGUAGAUGUUCUGAGUUGGAGACCAGCCAGACUCUUCAAACACUCCUCAGCCUCCCACCCCAGCCUCCACCAACCCCCAGGCCUCAUGACAAACUCUAUCCCAUCACCUGGUUGCGGUCACCUGGUGAAAUUCUCCCCUUGGUGCUGGGCUCCCGUUGGAGAUGCGCAUCUCUCUCUUCUCAGCCUGCAAGACCUCACCCCUGCUGCAGCCCCUUCUGGGGAGUCCCCUCCUUCGGUGCCCUCCCAUAUCUUUCUUGUCCUUCAAGACACAAUUGAGAAUCUUCUUCCCAGGUUCCCUGGGCAUCUGAGCUCACCCAGCCAGACAGAUGGUGCCUCUCUGUUCACAUCCCCCUCUCCCGGCUUCCUCCUCCCUCCUUUCCCAGUGUGGCUGGCUUGGAUGGGUGUGCUGUGACAGUGCAGGUUUGGCAAAAUAA